AUACAGAUUCUGAGGAAGAGGAGGAAUCCCUGAAGGAUGAGUGGUCUUCUCAUUCCGCGACCGGAGCCAGGAUGAGACCUUCCGGCCUCUAUAGUGUAAUGGCCCCUAAAUGCAGCAGGAUCUCCGACAUCUUCAAAGCCAGAAAGAAGACCGUCCCCUCCACUAGGACUCUCAAAUCUAAACUGGCUGCAAAUAGAAAGCAGGAAUUUUGUUUGUUCUCCCGAGAGAUCAAAGCGGGAUCAUCAUACAGUGAUUCUUCGGAGGAAUCAUUCGAUCAAG